AUGGCGUCUGAAACUCCCAAGGAUCUGCCUGUGCGGCCUGCAGCUGAAGCGCAGGCUAACAACGCAUCUGAAGCUCCUUCUGCCCCUCCAAAAGAUGCGAAAGCGAAAUCCAAGCAGGCCCCGAGCCCCGAUACCCUCCCAGAGUUCAUGAUUGAGCGAAACAAGCUCUUCGAGGAACUCUGGCAGCAACAUCUCGAGGAGACCAAGACCCGUCCCCACCCAGAGAUCAAUGUUACCCUUGACAUUGGUGACGGCAACACCCCCUCCUCGGUCCCCGCCAAAGCCUUCGAGACCACCCCUGGAUCUUUCCUGCGUGAUGUGCCCAAGGAAAUAAGUGCCGAUAUUGUUAUCUCCAAGGUUGACGGAGAGUUGUGGGAUUUGAACCGGCCCCUGGAGAAGGAUUGUAAUGUGCUUCUUGUGCCUUUCAGCAACCCUGAGGCCCGUGAGGUAUUCUGGCACUCCAGUGCUCACACUCUAGGCGAGGCCUGCGAGUGCCAUUACAAGGCCUUGCUGAGCCACGGGCCGCCAACUCCUCAGGGUUUCUUCUACGAUAUGGCCAUGCCCGACGGACAGGUUGUCAAGGAGGCUGACUGGAAGGCACUUGACACCAAGGCUGCACGUAUCUUCAAGGAGAAGCAAAGCUUCGACCGAUUGGAUGUUUCCAAGGAGAACCUCAAGAAGAUGUUCGCAUACAGCAAAUACAAGUUGCACUAUAUUGACAAGCUUGUCACUGGUGAAAGUAGCACCGUUUACCGUUGCGGUACCCUUGUCGAUCUCUGCCGAGGCCCUCACAUUCAGAACACCGGCAAAAUCAAGACCUUCAAGAUCAUGCAGAACUCAUCUGCCUACUUCCUUGGUGACCAGACCAACGAUUCUAUGCAGCGUAUUCGUGGUGUUGCCUUCCCCGACAAGAAGCUAAUGGCUGAGCACUUGAAGUUUUUGGAGGAAGCCGAGAAGCGGAACCACCUGAGAAUCGGCAAGGAGCAAGAGUUGUUCUUCUUUGAUGAGGUGUCCCCUGGCUGUCCAUUCCUCCUCCCCAACGGAACCAAGAUCUUGAACCAGAUCCAGUCUCUUCUGCGUGCUGAAUACCGCAAGCGAGGCUACCAGGAGGUCCAGACCCCCAACAUGUACGAUGUUAGCAUCUGGAAGACCUCCGGACACUGGGCCCACUACAAGGAUGAUAUGUUCAAGUUGGAUGUCGAGAAGCGCGAGUGGGCUCUUAAGCCUAUGAACUGCCCUGGACACUUCGCUCUGUUCGCCCACCGUGAACGUAGCUACCGCGAGCUUCCUAUGCGUAUUGCAGACUUCGGUGUCCUGCACCGCAAUGAGGCUUCCGGAGCACUUCAAGGCUUGACGAGAGUAAGAAGGUUCCAACAGGACGAUGGUCACAUUAUUUGCAGCCACGGGCAAAUUAUGCCUGAAGUCGAGGGUCUGUUCGAUUUCUUGCAUUCCAUAUAUGGGCUGUUUGGCUUCACCUUCAAGUUGAAGCUGUCCACCCGCCCCGAGAAGUAUAUGGGAUCGUUGGAGACCUGGGACCAGGCCGAGGACCAGCUUAAGAAGGCUUUGACCAAGUUUAAGGGUAAUGAUUGGAUUAUUAAUGAGGGUGACGGUGCCUUCUACGGACCCAAGAUCGACAUCACAAUUGAGGAUGCUCUCAAGCGUGAAUUCCAAUGCGCGACCAUCCAGCUGGACUACCAGGCUCCGCUGAACUUCAAGCUGGAGUAUCAGACCAACGAAAAUCUGGAGAAGAACUCCGGCGAGGGCGCGAAGGAAGGCGAGACCAAGUCCAACGAUCUGCCCCCCCGGCCCUUCGAACGAUUCCUGGGUAUCUUGAUCGAGCACUUUGGUGGCAAGUGGCCGUUCUGGAUCAGUCCACGCCAGAUCCUAAUUGUGCCGGUGAUGCCGGCUCUGAACGAUUACGCCGAGGAGCUGCAACGUAUCCUGCAGGGUGACAAGUUGAAUGUGGACGUUGACGUCAGUGGCAACACCCUGCAGAAGAAGAUCCGUACUGGCCAGCUGGCCCAGUACAACUUCAUCUUUGUUGUCGGUGCCCAGGAGAAGGAGUCACGCACUGUCAACAUUCGCAACCGUGAUGAUCCUGCCACCCAAAACAAGGGUGUCAUGGUCCCUCUGGAGGAGGCGCGACUCAAGCUCCGGGCAUUGCGCAAGGAGCGUCGGCUGGAGAGCACUCUGUAG